GCUAUGUAACAUUAAGUUAAAUAAUUUCUAUAAAUCGAGACAUUUCUGUACUUUUUUCAAAAUUCAUUACAGAUUUCGUCUCAUCAUUUUCCUUCCUUCUAUCAAAUCAUAAGUGUGGAAAUGGCAGACGAUACACAGGAUGAGUCUGCAAAUACACCGAUCGCGAGCGCGGUCCCUCCAAAAAAGUAUCCCAAAGGUGUAAUAUUGGGAAAAGAUGGGAAACCCUGCCGCACCUGCAACUCCCUCACCUCCUUCACCAGCACCACCAAAUCUCUGCAGACCCCCUCGGCCUCCCCCCCAACCGACUGCCCCCCCUCCAUCGAAACCCUCGGCCGCGCCUCCUGGACCUUCCUACACACGCUCUCGGCCUCCUACCCCAGCACCCCCACCCCCAGCGACCGCACCAACAUAUCGACCUUCAUGAAUCUCUUCGCCCAGCUCUACCCCUGCUGGACCUGCGCCGAGGAUUUCCAAUCCUACAUGGCCGAGAACAAGGUGCGCACCGAGAGUCGCGCCGAGUUCGGCAUGUGGAUGUGCGAGGCGCAUAAUGAUGUGAAUCGGAAGUUGGGGAAGAGGGAGUUUGAUUGCGCGCGCUGGGAAGAGAGGUGGAGGACUGGCUGGAAGGAUGGGAGGUGUGGAUAGGUGGGAGGCUUGAAAUUGAGCUGGAGUUGGGAAUUUGGAAGAGACGGUUCUGUGGAAUGGGGUUCUGUGGAAUGGGAUGGGAGGAUGUGUUAUAUGAAUGGGGAAAGGGUGUAUGAUAUGAUAUAUGAUGAGAUGAGAUGAGGUGAGGUGUAUGAUAUAAUGGCCAGCCCAGCAUAAUUCGGCGUUUCGGGACAAGAUCAAGAAGGUCAUGCAUGAAAGGAGGUAAUCUCGACUCGAAAACUUUAUAUGAAUUUACGAAGAAUUCUCUUCUCACGAUC